UUGCGAACUACACGUCCCGAGAUGCUGUUCGGUGACGGGCAAAUCAGAUGGCGGUAUUUCCAUCCGGGGGUUUGUUAUUUCUAGCCUUUAUAUUCUGCGCAUGAAGGACGAAGCAAUAUGCUUUCAACAGCGAUUAGACAUGCGGUGAAGCAGGUCCUGCCUGGUGUUCGGUCCUCCCCUCGCUCAGCCGUUCCGCUGUCGGCUCUGAGCCGCUCGUACCGUGGCGACGCUCCAGACUCUGAGAAAAUUGAGAUCCCGCUGCCUCCGUGGGAGGAGAAGAAAAAUGAGCCAUUGGACAUCAAGCGGAAACGUCUGUUGUAUGAAAGCAGGAAGAGAGGCAUGCUGGAGAACUGCAUCCUGCUCAGUCUUUUUGCAAAGCGCUAUCUGGAGAGUAUGAGUGAAUACCAGCUGCGCCAGUAUGACCGCCUCAUCAACGAGCCCAGCAAUGACUGGGACAUCUACUACUGGGCAACCGAAGCCCAACCUACCCCAGACGUGUAUCAGGGAGAAGUGAUGGAGCUGCUGAAAGAAUUCGCCAAGAACAGAGAGAUGGAGCAGAGGCUGGACGCCCCGAACCUGGAGUACCUCGAUAAAAGCAGCCAGUGAGGAACAGAGAGGUCUUCACUCCCCUUUCCCCUGUCGCGCUGCUGCUAAUGCGACUCUCAGCAACUGCAAGGUGAAAGAGAGUGUGUUAAUACAGCAGACUGAGAUAUUGUGUUGAGUGAAGGCCAGAAAAGAAGUUUAUUUGUGAACGAUGGAACUUUCAGGGCCUGAGAGAUAUCUAGUGUAUUUAACUUGUACAGUGAUUAUAUAAUGUGAAACUCUGGAUUGUCAUAUUAAAGAUGAUGAUGAUGAUGAUGA